GUGCCAUAUUGGAAUGAGGCAGUGAGCGGAGCGCCGGGGAGCCCGAGCCCCGGCAGCGGCGCAGGGCUGGAAAAACUCCCCGCAGGUGUUUUCCAGGAUUCCUUCUUGAAUGUCCUGGCUCCCAGUAGGAUCGAAGGCGGGAGGCGACUCAUGACCACCACACAGUGACAGCCUUGGGCUCCCCUGCUUCUGGCUGCUCGAAACAACCCCCAGGCUGCUGUGGAGAUGAAUGGAGAACAGCAGUAUGAUGCAGAUGCUGGUUCCAGUGUGGAUGAAAUGGAAUUCAAUUGGGAUGAGUAUCUAGAAGACACAGGAGCAACUGCAGCCCCCCAUGGAUCCUUCAAACAUGUGGAUACAAGUUUGCAGAACGGUUUUGCCCCUGGAAUGAAGCUGGAAGUCGCUGUCAAGUCUGACCAGAACACCUACUGGGUAGCCACCAUCAUCACUACCUGUGGGCAGCUGCUCCUGCUGCGCUACGAUGGGUACGGGGAGGACCGCAAGGCUGACUUCUGGUGCGACAUCAUGACAGCUGAUCUGCACCCCAUCGGCUGGUGUGAGCAGAACAAAAAGAUUCUCAAAGUGCCUGAAGGUAUCAAGGACAAGAUACCUGACCAGGAGGAGUUCCUUCAGCGGGUGCUGAAGGGAGCGUGCAGUGCUCCUGCCAACCUGCUCGAGGGGCUUCACAGAGGGAAAAAUCCAUUGGAUCUCAUUGCACCAGGCUCCCGACUGGAACUGCAAAACAUCCGGGAUUCCCUGGAAGCCUGGAUAGUCACCGUGGUCGAAAAUGUUGGGGGGAGACUGAAGUUGAGAUAUGAAGGGCUGGAGGAUUCUGACAAAUUUGACCAGUGGCUGUUCUACUUGGACCCCUUCCUUCACCAAGUGGGUUGGGCAGCCCAGCAUGGAUAUAGCCUGCAACCACCUCUAGCCAUUAGGUCCUUGAGGAGUGAAGCAGAUUGGCAAGAGAUCCUGAAGAAGGUGAAAGAGGAGGAGGAGGAGUCAUCCGUCCCUACAGAUCUUUUUAAGGAUAAACCUGUGAUUGGAGUGCAUUCAUUCUCUGAAGGCAUGAAGUUGGAAGCCGUGGAUCCAAUGGCUCCUUUUGUAAUCUCUCCUGCUACAGUUCUUAAGGUGUUCAAUGACAAAUAUUUCAUGAUAGAAAUUGAUGACCUGAGAGCAGACCGUCCCACCAGCCGGUCUUACAUCUGUCAUGUCAACAGUGCCGGGAUUUUCCCUGUGCAGUGGAGUCUGAAGAACGGCCUGAACCUCAGUCCCCCCCCAGGUUACCCCGGGCAGGACUUCGACUGGGCAGACUACCUCAAACAGUGCGGUGCUGAGGCCGCUCCCCAGAGCUGCUUCCCCUCGUUAACUUCUGACCAUGGCUUUAAAGAGAAUAUGAAACUCGAGGCUGUGAACCCAGUUGAUCCUGAAGAAGUUUGCAUUGCUACAGUCACCAAGUUGAAAGAUUCCUAUCUCUGGCUUCAGCUGGAGGGUUCCAAGAAACCCGUCCCUGACUGCAUAGUGAGUGUGGAAUCAAUGAAUAUAUUUCCAGUGGGUUGGUGUGAGACGAAUGGAUAUCAGCUCAGGCCUCCUCGCAAAGCAAUAGUAAACAAGCAGAAAAAAAUUGCAGUAGUUCAACCAGAAAAACAAAUUUUGUCUUCAAGGACAGUUCAUGAUGGACUAAAGAACCAGGAACUGAACUCUUCUGACUCAGUGGUGAUUAAUGGCAAGUACUGCUGCCCAAAGAUCUACUUCAACCACCGGUGCUUCUCGGGGCCUUACCUGAACAAGGGCAGGAUUGCAGAGCUCCCCCAGUCCGUGGGACCUGGGAACUGUGUCCUUGUACUCAAAGAGGUUCUCACUCUGUUGAUCAAUGCCGCCUACAAACCCAGCCGUGUCCUGCGGGAGCUGCAGCUGGACGAGGAGGCUGCCUGGCAUGGACAUGGGGAGACCCUGAAAGCCAAAUACAAAGGCAAGAGCUACCGUGCGACUGUGGAAGUUGUGAGGACGGCAGAUCGGGUGGCAGAUUUCUGCAGGAAAACAUGCAUCAAGCUGGAAUGUUGUCCAAACCUCUUCGGCCCUCAGAUGGUGCUGGAUAAGUGUUCUGAGAACUGCUCUGUCCUGACAAAGACUAAGUACACACACUAUUAUGGGAAGCGGAAAAACAAGCGGAUAGGAAGGCCCCCGGGUGGCCACAGUAACCUGGAAGUAGCCAUGAAGAAACCAAAUAAAAGACGGAAGAGGCGGAAACAUUUUUUUGUUCAUAAGAAGAAACGUUCUUCUACGUCAGUGGAUAACACCCCAGCUGGAUCCCCCCAGGGCAGUGGGGCAGAAGAGGAGGAUGACCAGGAUGAGGUGGAUGAGGAGUCUCUGACUGAGGACAGUACCUCAGAGCACCAGGAUGAACUGCUUGAAGAAUCAGAGGUAUCAGAGAAGAAAUCGCUGUCAUCAUCUCCCACACAGAGUGAACUGUCUCAUUCCCUGGCUCAGGACCGAGACAAGCGGAAGAGGAAGCUCAGGACCUUUUCCUUUUCUGAUGAUGAGAAUAAACCUCCUUCGCCAAAGGACAUAAAGAUGGAAGUUGCUGAAAAGCUGCAGCUGGACAGUAACCCUCUGGAGUGGAGCGUGGCUGACGUGGUACGAUUCCUCAAAUCCACUGACUGUGCUCCACUGGCGAGAAUUUUCCUUGACCAGGAAAUCGAUGGCCAGGCCCUGCUGCUGCUGACCCUGCCCACUGUUCAAGAGUGUAUGGACUUGAAGCUUGGACCAGCUAUUAAACUCUGCCAUCACAUUGAGAGGGUCAAACUUGCCUUCUACCAGCAGUUUGCAAACUGAGGAGCAGCCAAGUUGAAGUGGACCUUUGAAGCACAACUACAAAAACAUGCUCCUUCCUCUCUAGCAAGUGAAGCCAAAUGAAGUUAAACUGAGGCCCUGGUGACCUGAAAGUGUGUGUCAGCCUCGAUUUUUCUAUUUCGACAAAAGGAAGACAACAUCUGGAGCAAAAUGCCAAUGCAAACACAGGGGCUCCUCUACCAGCUGCCAGCUUGGGAACACAAUAGUCUCUUGCUCUAUGGUUCCCUUUUUCUAAUGUAUUUUUUAAUGAUUACAGAAAAGUCUCCUCUCGUGGGAAAUGACAUUUCAAUAGUUCUGUUGGCACGGAACUUUAAAAGGAGAAUCGGAUCCUGUUUACGUUUAGCAUGUGGGCUGCCAGAAAUAACCUUUCUCUGUCCCUGAUGUCUCACAGAAUCCCCUUCCCUCCCUGUGGACAAACACUUGCUUUACCACAGCACUGACUUUGGAAUGUGCUCUUUGCACAUUCGUGUGUUAAUGUUGAGUUUUUUAAUGAAUUUGUUCAUUGUUAGGACAACAAUGUGGCCACAGGGUUCUGAAUGUACAGUAUAGCAAGAGUGUGGUUCCUUUUGAAGUUCUUUUGUUUAUUUUUGGGAAAUUUUUUUGUUUCACUGUUGUUGGGUUUCGGUUUUGUUUUUACUACCUCUGUAGCCUGAACAGUAGAAGUGAGGAGCUAAAAAGGGAGGGAACUGUUCUUUCUGGACAAAUCGUCUGUAGCUGCACAGCAGUCUGGCUUCUGUGGGCAUGUCCAGAGUACAAACCAAUGUCAGCAUACAGAGCUUCUGUUCCAAAGCUUUAGUGAAACCUGUGUAGGCGUAACCUGGAUGUUUCCUUUUUCUUCGGAUGUCAGAAAACGUAAUUAUUUUGCACUUCUCUUACAGACGGGCUGUAGGAAAUAAGGAAGGAAAGAGAAAGUGCCUCUGCAUUUUCUAUAUUUUGGUUGUUAGAUUAUUUUUAUUUUUUUUUAAAUUGUGUGAAGUUAUUUCCUUUUUCUUCUAGUAAACAAUUGGGCCGUGUACAUA